UGUAGAAAGGAAAUUUUAACCUGAAUGCCUGUAUUAGGUAUUAAACCAAAAUCGCGGCUUGAAGGCACGUUUGUGAGCGUUUUGGAAAUAGCUGACAGUUUUUUUCGUCCAACACUAUUCAUGCGUAAUAAAUUGGUUAGGCUUAGCUCUAUUGUAACCGCUUUGCUUCUUGUUUGAAUCAUAUAACUACAAUACAAAAUACGAUGACAAAAAAAAACAGAAUUCAAUAGUUUAUCGGGCUAGCAAAUUUUCCAACAAUCGGUUUGCAGUUCUGAAUAGCUUAAAAAAUACAUGGUGUGGCAGUAGUUUCCAUCAAGUACGCCACAGACUACUAUUUCUUUUGGAAUUUUGAUCAAAAUGUUCAAGUGCAUAUGUAUCAAAUUGUUGUCCUGUUUUGCACUUUUUAUUCGUAAUCAUUAUUAAACCUAAAAUAUAUUUACUUCCGUUGAUUGUAAAUAAUUCAACAGGACGAAUAUUGGGCCAUAUAUAUUUAUUUUUAACUCCGAUACCUAGUUAUUGUGAGAGGCUUCAAGAAACAAGAUGGCCACGCCAGAUCAGAAAAUGAAAGUGAUGCAAACAUGGAUAUUUAUCCAAAGUGUGGCAACAACGUUGAUGAUUGCAUACCUUAUAUUAUUAACAGUGUGGCUUGCUCCGUUCUUUCCAAUGAACUACGACACAGAUGAUGAUGUCGAUGAUAAUACAGCUGCGAUAUCGAGUUUGCAAAGCAAUCUAAACGAAACUGACGAGCAAGUUAACAAUAAUACAAAUAACAUCGAUGAUUUGGAAGAAUGGAGGACGGAUACCGAUCGAGAAAUCGAUGAAAUGAAUGCUACAAUUAACUAUCAACAAGAUGAAAUUGACGAAUUAUACAAUCAAACCGAUUACUUAAAUCAAACAGUCAUCGAGCUUCAAUCAGAAAUUUAUGUGUUGGAAAAUAAAACACGUUGGCAACAAAUUGAAAUUAUCGCACUUGCAGUACGAUUGGCUGAACUGGAAAAGCAACAAAUCGCGAACGCUGUAGAUGCUGCAGCUGGGAUCGCUCGAGCUGACAGAAGAGCUGUUGAGUAUGAUCGGAGGAUUACAGAAUUGGAAUGCUUCGAUAAGAAAAUUACAAUUCAAGUUGAUGACUUGAGUAGUAGCACUAAAGAGCAGUUUUGUAACGUGACUAAAUCAUUGGGAACAAUAUCCGGUCAAGUGAGGGAUAAUCAAGAAAUAAACGAUAUUAGGGACACGAUCACAACGGCAAAAUUUGAAGAAGUGAAUGACACACUUACUCAAAUAUUAUCUGAUAUUGACAGUAUCGAAACUCAGCAAGACGUUGAUGAACAAAAGCUGCAAGACCUAAACGAGACAUUUAUAAACGAAACACAGGAUCUUCAAAAUCAAAUAACAGAGUUACAUAAUUACACAGUGCAAGUUGCGGGAAAUCUUGAACAAGCGAUUGAAAAUCAGAUCGACCAUGCUAUAUGGGCUGUUAACAGCUUCAAAGAGCAGGACGAUAUGAGAGAAGCUGCAAUAGAAGCAGAACGUAUAGAAAGGGAAUCUGGAUUGCUGAAGCUUCAGUGUUCACUAGAUGAAGUAAAUCAAACAUUGAACAGCAAAAUCGAUUCAACCGAACAAUAUUUGGAGGACUGGACCAUGCAACAAGUUAACUUAACAAGACAAAUGUUAGAAGAUGACGUAGGACAAUUGCAGAGUCUUGUGGAAGACACAAAAAUUAACAUGACCAAACUCAUUGAUGCCACUGCAGACAAUUUACAAGAAGAAAUAAAUGAAACCAACAUUGUCGUAAAGAAAGAAGCAGCGACAAGAGAAUUACAAUACGUUCAUUUAUGUGAUCAGAUUCAUAUUGUGAACGCGGAAGUCAAUGAAACCAACGAAGCUUUGGCGUCAAACGUUAUAAUUUUCACUGACGACAUAAAUCAACUUAACCAAUCAGUAGAGGAUCUACAAACAAUACAAGCAAACCACACCACUGAAAUAAAAGUUCUACAAGACGGGUUGUUUGACCAUGAACUAACAUUUGUCAUGACACAACGAUCAACGACACAGAGUCUUAUUCAACUUCGAAAUGAAACCUGUGAAUUGCAAAACGAAAUUUCAUCGAUGGAAAAGGAGCAUAAAUUAUUUGAUAACAGAAUGGAUAAUGCAGAUAAACGACUUACUGCUAAUAGACGUGAAUUCAAAGAAGAUAUCGUGAAUGUCAAGGCGGACUUCACCAUUUCUAUCGCAUUACUGAAUCAAAGCAACAACGAUGCUCUACAAAGUGCCAUAGAUGCAGAAUUAGCGGUUGCACAGCUUGUAACAGAUCUCGGCGAAAACAUUCCCGAAUUAUAUGCUGCAAUUAUGUCAAUAUUGCCUGAAGCGGGUACUCCAAGGCCCACCGGAGCACCUCCGCCGGUUACGCGUCCUGUCGCCGAAGCCGAUUUCCAGCCACCACCUGGUACAACUGAUGAUGCGGGAACUUCUGACCACGAUUAUGAUUAUGGUAGAUACAACUUCAAAGACUCAGAAUAAUGAAGUAAAUUACUGAUACUCAGACAAUAUCAGCAUUCCACUACCACUUUGCCUUUCAACAAUACUUCCAAACGCGUUCGCAAACAAUAAAUACCAUCAUAGCCACUGAUAUUGAAAUAGAUCGGGUGCAAUAGAUGCACUGUUUUCGUGAUAUAGAGAAUUUACUUUCAUAUAGCGAAAUAGCAAUAUCCAUUCCUCUCAAUUGUUGACAAUUUUGUCAGCGAUGAUUUCUGGCGCUUUAAUCGUCAUUUUACUGAGAUAUAUUGAUUUCAACAAGUAAUGGGCUAACUACACAUAUCACUACUACUUGGACUCCUGUCAGUUAGGAAAAUAGACUACGUAUAUUGAUAUCAAUAUCUGCCACACUGAAUUCCGCCUAUAAAUUUGUCAAAACCAAGUACCGUACAAAUCGGGUCAUACAGUAUAUAUGAUUGUUCUGCUUUUUUACGUAUUAAUAUUAUUUAUUAUUGAAUUAUUUUAAUCACUGUUUACACAUAUUGUCAUCAAUAAAUGCGCGUAUUCUAA